AUGAGGGGCACAGUCAGCUUUUCUCAAUUUUCCCUCUCCUCUCACCUUCCUCCCCAAUGUUCUUCCCUCCUCACUCACUUCAGUCUGUACAUGUUCAGCUUUACUCUACCCAAGCCAAAGCUUCUGCCCAUAAUUUUUCUUUCAGCUUUUUGUCUGUCUGUAAAUACUGCUCACAUCCGCCAAUCCAAUCUCGGCUCACAUCCGCCAAUCCAAUCUAGGCUCACAUCUGCCGACCCAUCUACCCCGGUUCACGUCCGUUGGCUCAUCUACCUUGUUCAUAUCUAUCUAUCUAUAUAUUUCCGUUCAUAUCUAUCUCCAUUUAUAUCUAUCUAUUUCCAUUCAUAUCUAUCAACCUAUCUAUUUCCGUUCAUAUCGAUCUAUCUAUCUAUUUCCGUUCAUAUCUAUCUAUCUAUCUCUCUAUCUAUCUAUCUCUCUAUCUAUUUCUGUUCAUAUCUAUCUAGUAUUAAUAUUCCAAUCACUCUCUCUCUCUCUCUCUCUCUCUCUCUCUCUCUCCUCUUUUCCCCUCCCUCUUUUUACUCUUCCACCCUCUCAGCUUCACUUCUCUUCCCCUCUCUUUUUCUUUAUUUGCUCUCUCAAUUUCUCUUCCUCCCACACUUUCCCUCUCUUUCCCAUCUCUUCUACUUCCCCCUCCUCCUUAGCUUUAUGGAGAAACCAUGUAAAACUUUCAUUAUCUGGACAAGAAUGAAUCUUCGUCCCAGCAACUCCCUACUUCUCCCUCAUCUGUCAUCUUCUCCAUAUUCAACGACUUCUCUCCUUUUUUUUGUUGCUGUCGUUGUGCUAUUUCUUUUAAUGUCUGGUGGAAUGCCAAGAAUUUGGCUUCCAUAA